UAUUUAACCAAAAGCGUUAACUUUCAAGCUAAAAAGCCAGAGUGAUUUUCUUAAAGGGAAUCUUAGCUUCAAUCAUUGGAUUAUAUGAGCUUCAAUGGCUGACCAAACUCCCAACCCAAUGAUUCCCGGCCGCCGCAUAAAGCUCAACGUUGGCGGCAGGUUCUUCGAAACCACCGUUUCCACCCUCCACUCCGCCGGUCCUGAUUCCCUCCUCGCUGCUCUCUCCAACCGUCCUUUUCUUCCCCGUUCUAACCCUAUCUUCAUCGACCGCGACCCAGAAAUCUUCUCUGUUCUUCUCUCCCUCCUCCGCUCUAACCGCCUCCCUUCCACCUCUCUCCGCCGGUUUUCUAUCCAGGAACUCGCCGAGGAGGCUCUCUAUUACGGUGUUGAGUCUCGCCUCCGCUCUGCCUCUUUGCCAUCGUCGCUUCGGGGCAUAGACGCUUCCAUCGUCGAUACUAUACGUCCGGCUUCAGACGCUGUUCCUUCCACUUUCUCCGCCGGAGAAGAUGGUUCACUCUGGAUCGCUCACGGUGGUCAGAUUUCAAUAUACGAUCCCUACUUAUCUUACACCGCCGCCGUGCGCACGCAUCUCGAUGAUAUCACCUCGAUUUGCCGGGUAUGGCCCGAGAUAGCUGCUAUCGGAUCCGAAUCCACAUCGGGUCUCCAUAUCUACGACCUCUUCAGCGGGCACUAUACCGGUUCAGUCCAUUGGACCGACCAGGACGAUCCACGGAUAUACAAGGCUCGAGUCAGCGCCAUCGCUAACUCACCUGACUCGAUCUUCGUAUCAUUCGAUUGUCCCCAUAGAGAAAACAGCGUCCUCGUGAUUGAUAAAUUAACGCUCCGGGUUACAUCAGAGUUGACUCGCCAAUCGGGAAGCGCCGCCAAGAACACAGUCCCCGGGAAGUUGUCAUGGCUUCCGGAAACUGGUUUGAUUAUCGGGAGUGCCGUCACUUGUGGGGCAUUUGGUUACUCCGGUUACAUUAGGAUAUGGGACCCGAGAAGCAAGGAGGUGGUUUGGGAAACGAACGAGCCGGGUUCAGGCAGGAGCAGUAGGUUUGGAGACUCGUUCGCCGACAUCGAUGUUGACACCGAUGAUUCGAUCCUCUUCAAGAUAUGUUCAAAAUCUGGAGACUUGGCAAUGGCAGAUGUUCGAAAAUUAGGGGAUGAUCCCUGGGUGUAUAUGGAAGAUACAAAUCCUAGCAUGAGAGAAACCAGCUAUAGUGGAAAUGACGUCCAUUUGCAUUGCUAUAAGAGGCAGGUUUUCGUGGGGAAGGAUGGAGGACUCGAGGUUUGGUCGAGACAGAAUGGAUCGUAUGAAACUAUUAUGCCUCUGGAAAUAUCGGAUACCGAAAACCGAAGACCUGAGGUGUGCUUCAAGAGGAAUUAUGUGGAUAAGGCAGAGGAUGCUGAGAGAGGGAUGAUAAAGAGAAUUGAAGGAGGUGGAGAGAGAUUGUUUGUAAGCAGAGAAAAUGUAGAAGGGAUUGAGGUUUGGGAGAGUUCCAAUCAUUCUGGAAUCAUUCCUGUGUCUCCCUGAACACAAAAAUCGAGAUCGAUCGACAUCAAUCAAACCAGUCUAUCUUGUGGAUAUGCUUCGAGUCCGCUUGUAAUCGGGUCUCUGAAGAGAGGCAUUGUUCUUUCAAUACAUUAGAUUUUGGUUAUCCUCUUGUGCUUGCAAUGAGCUUAGUUCGUAAAUCAUGUUCAGCAAUAAUAUCCCAAGUUCAAGUUUUACCA